CAACCGACUGAAGCAUUUCCUUCGAGGGGAGGGGAGGGAGGAGAUUGCUCACUCAGUGAGUUACGAAAUGCCGUGUGUUUGUAAGCGGAGUGUGUACUGCUGGUGCCGCGACUGAUCAGAUACUUCGCGUUUUAGUCUUACCAACAUCUGUUUUUUGUUGUAUUUUGUUUUUUAAAGGAUGAAGGUUUAAUCAGAGAAAUGUUUAUUGUGUAAAUCGACAAAACUCAAAAAGUGCCUUCUUUAAAUUGUUGCCGAGGAUCGAGUAUUGAACCUUUCUUCGUUGACGGGUCUGGGGGUUCCCCGAGUCUGUUGACAAGCUGCAGAAGUUGAAGCUCACACUUUAGUGAGGUCUCGACAGGAGUGUGUCUUUGAAAGCCUAGGAGAUGGAUGAUCUGACAACCGCAGCGCCCCACCUUCCACACAUCCUGGAAGUCUGGGCCAUUGUCCUGAUCAUUCUGGCAACCAUCGUCAUAAUGACGUCUCUCAUGGUUUGCCCAGCAAUGUCUGUCAUAAUCUACAGGGUACGGACUGGCCCAACCAGGAAUGAGAUUGUGUGACACGCCACAGCAUGAGGACUGCUCCACGAAAGAAGGAGGAAGUGGGAUUGGAUGAUAACACAGCAUACCGCAUCAGAGCUGAUCCGCUGAAUCCAGAACGAGGUUGUGUGACGACGCAUCCCUGUGAAUGGACUCUCCCAAUCACCACAUUGUGAACUGGGACUAUGGCUAAUCCAACGGCAUUGAAUCUAGCCUAGUUGUUUAUUUGAUUUUGUUAUAUUCCCAGCGUGUACAAAUUGCUGUCCUGGACUGAGAUGUGAUAUUACACAAUGCAAGGACCAAUUCAACCUUGAACCAGACUUGAACAGAACAGUACCGAAUACAGAGAAGGGAUGGUGCGGCACUGUGGACUGAUCCAGACCCAGGGGACAGUAUUGAACAGUGUAAGAAUGACAGACACACACUGACAAAAACAGACAAAGCUGAAGGAAGCAUAAAUCAUAACUCAUAAAGCUGUGAAUUAAUAUCAAAUGUGUAUUUAAAGACAAAAUCUCAUGUUCAAUAAGCAGCAGCUGCCCCAUGUAUUCUUUACAAUCCAGUCUUUACCCAGGUCAAGCCCACUAACAUGUGUUAAACUGACAGUGUAAGUGAGGAAGCUUGUUUGUUCUUAUGGAUUGGUAAAAUACUAUUAAGCUCUGUCCCAGGUUCAGGCUCAGCUCAUUACAUCCCAGUUGCUCCUGGCAUUAGCUGCAAAAUUUAAUGAGGAAUGUGAUUUUGGCCGUAAUUAUCCCCAUUACAAUGCAUAAUAAUUCCUCUGGCUUCAUAAUAAAGGGCUAAAAAGUUGAUGUAAUAACAUUGUAGCUGCUGUGUAGUUCUUGUAGCUGUAAAAUACCGUCAGUGAAAAGAGGGAGCAACGGUUAUGUUAAAUUUAUUGUCCGGGCACACGCUAUGUGCUAAUAUGAGAUCUCGCUCUCAGUAUGUGCAGUAAACAAGUCAGGCUUACUGGCAACUACAGCUCUAAACAGGAAGCAUGCGUUGUGUGACGUUAUAAAAACAGACCCUAAAAAAAACACAAACUCAAGUUCCUCCUCCCACACAGGGCCUUGACAGCGUUUCUAAUUUGGGAGUAGAAAACCACAGUCCCAGUGUCUCAGGAUUACAGUUCGCAGAACCCAGGCCACAGGGAAAAGAACACUGUGCCAGUUCCAAAAUCAAUUUUCAAUUCUAAUUCCAGUUCCAAUUCUCUUUCAAUCAGUUCCAACAUAUUCUGUUAAAAUGUGCUUCUCACAGUGGCAAAUUACUUCAAUUGAAGUCACUCUUAGUCAGUUAAAUUGGCUCAAAUGAAAGCAAUUGCAACAAUUAUUACGUCUCUAAAAUGCCAAUUCCAAUUCCUUUGAAGGAACUGGAAAUGGUUUUAAAAAGGCAUUGGGAAUGGAACUGAUAAAAAGGAAUUGUAUAUGGAUAAUUUAUGUGUCCAUCCCCUGGGGUUUUAUGUUUCUCAAAUAUGCAGUUAACUUGAUGAGGCAAUUUCUCACUGAUGUGUAGCAUCGCCUGGAAAAGCCACACCUAGUUUGAAGUUAGAUUUCUAAUAAAACCUGUAAAGCACGGUAUCCCUUCCCAAACCCCAGUGCAAAAGCACACUGUUGGUUUUGUUACUAUGGUGACACAGUGUAUCUGCUAAUUAAGGCUUGUUUUGUGUUGCGCAAAAACAUCUGGAAUAUAGAAGCCUGAAUCUUUUUCUGUCUUUAAUUCUAAUCUGGGGUGUUAUUCUUUUGUUUAGAGAUUGUCUUAAAAGUAUAACAGUGGACCUAGUGACAGGGUUGGCAGUAUAAUUGAGAAAGCAGGCACUGUCCUGAAAAACGAAGCUAAGAAUUCCCUGAGGGGAGGGGAGCUAGCUGCAGCUAAGGCAGCUUCCAAUUGCCUGUGCCUGGAGUCAACUUGAAGUUAAAAUGUCUCUGAAGAGAUUACUAAAAACCUUGUUGAUACCAGGCUGCCAGGUUAUUUCACUGCAUACUGCAUAUUGAUUUUUAUAUCAAACCACAAGCAGCGUGCCAAGGCAAUGGGAAAUAAUUGAGUGUUCGUCACUAACCGCAACACGACACCGAGAAGCCUGUCUGUGUUUGACGUGCCUGCGCUGCAGGCUCCAUUACUCAUUCCUGAGGCAGCGGGUUGAUUUGGAGUUCAUUCCAGAGCCCGGGAAUCAGUUCCUGUGAGGCAUAGGGGACAAACAGGGCUAGAGGACAGAACAAGACUGUCAGCAAUGAAGCAAGACUGGGGUGCCCCAGCCUGGAGGGAGUAGCCUUGAUGCUAAGACAGUUUCAGCAGCACACACCCCAUUUGUGUCAAACCUCUUUUAUGCAGAUUUGCACUUUUUGUGCUUGUUAAUGGUGGAAGGGUGAUAAGAAAGAAAGAAAUACUAGUCAGACUGCAAUGUCUUGGUUGAAGUUGCAAAUGGUUGGUGAAUAAUUAGGCAUUGAGAUGAGAGUCUUAUCACGAUGCACUCUGUGAGCCUGAGAAACCAGCUUUUUGUUCAGUUCUUGGAAAGCUCAAGGGUCUUAUCGGGCCCUUUGCUGUAAUUCUGUUAAUUUGUAACACAAGACUGAUGUCACCAGAUACUCAUAGUAAGGGUUUUCUUAUCACUGUUCUACUUUCCCACUCCAUCCUCUGCUGGGUCAUUUCCUGUUGACCUCACCCGUGGUUAGAACUUGCAGUUCCCAAAUAAGAGUCUCAAUGACUGGCCAAAAAAAAAGAAAGCGAUCCUCCUGCUUCGUAAAUUAAACAAACAAAAAAAAUGUAAAUAUAGUAUGAAGUCCUUUAAUUUAAUAUACAGGGCUGGAAUAAGAACAUAAGAAAGUUUACAAACCAGAGGAGGCCAUUUGGCCCAUCUUGCUUGUUUGGUUGUAAGUAGCUUAGUGAUCCCAGAAUCUCAUCAAGCAGCUGCUUCUUUUUUUUUUUUUUUUUUUUUUAAAUAAAUUUAGUCGUUGCCAAUUAUUUUUU